AUUGGUGAACUAACCCUUUAAGUUGCAGCCACAAUUACUGAUGCUCGGCAAAUAUCAUUAUUGGUGGCACACACACAGUACAUUCAGUCAGUGCAUGGAAUGUGUCUGGCAAAAUGAUUGUCCCAUUAUUCUGUCUAGUAUUCAUUUACCAACCAACAAUGCUCAAGUUCAAGCUGGUCAUGACAUUUCGCUGCUACUUCAUCUUUGGUUGGUUUGGAUCACUUUAUAAUAUUUCAUAUCAUAAUGUUAAAACUUCAAACAUUGGCUUUUGUUGACACCCUCAUGUAAGUUAUACUGUGCAGUCCCUCAGUGACCCAGCAGAGUAACUUUUUAAAAUAAGAUUUCCUUAUUCAUUUUCUCACUUUUAUUAAUGGUAUUCUGUUUCUUCUUGCAUAAACCUUUUUAAGACAUACUUUAAAUUACAACUUUAAAUUACAACAGCUGGGUUGGUUUUUCUCUCCUUGUGAUUGAUAAGAGGUUUGAAUGAACACUGCACUGAUGCUUUCAAGAAUGCUACAAAGAUUAUAAUGUCAGAAUCUAUGUAUCUCAGCAUCAUAAUCAAUGCUUGCUGUUGUGGAACAUUACAGCGGGAACUUUAAAGAUUACAGACCAUGCAGAGGUUAAUCUGCUGAUCCUGCAACAUUAUCAACUUCAAAAAGAAAGCAAAAUUGAUGCAGAAGAGAGAAAAACAUAAAAGGACACUUUGAUCUUUGGUUAUUGAUCAGUCCAUUGGAUCUGCACAUCUAAUCUCUACCGCCUUUAUGAAAAAAAUGACAGAUUUAUGGCUUCCAUAAUCUCCUUUAAAUCGACAGUUAUGCUUGAUGCAUCAGUGUUCUUUAUAUAUUGCAGUACAAAUACUGUCAUUGUUCUGCUGUAUCAGCAUCUGAUUGAAUAAACAGCAGUAUGGCUAUUGCAAAAAAAUAUCCUUUGCUUAAGUGGUGAACUAAUACAUUUAAAUGAGUUUGCCAUUACAGCAGCACACAUCUAUAAUGUUCCUGAAACUGGAUAGGGAGCGUCAGCACUGACUCAAUUGAUCUAGGGGUCGUAUUGACAGUUUAACAUCCAAAGGUGAGAAUGUAAACAUGCCGAUGUGGGUGUGACUGGAGUUUAGGUAGGCGUGAAUAGUGGACAGGAACAAAUGCUCUGGGGAAGAGACAGGGAACAAUAGUGCCCUUUGAAACAGGCAUGACUCAUGCAUGAAGGACUAUCUUUCAUAAGAGAGAGUUCAGAGUCCCAUUAAAGGACACCUGAGAAAGGAACAAAAAAACUCACCCAGGACCACCAAAGCACUGAUCUCAGCUAUGCCAGAUUAUUUUGUUACUUUCUGCCAGAUGUAAAAAGCAUUUAACGGCCAGCACUUUCUCUGUUCAUUUGCAACAACAGGGGAAGAACGAUGGUUAAGCCAGAGAGACCUAGAGAGGGAGUGCAGUUCUUUAUAAAGAAAGAGAUGCAUGAAGGGGCAUCAAUGCCGGCGGCUUAACCACCUCCUCAUCUCCAUAUUCUCCUCCUCCUCUCAAUAUCCAAUCUCCUUCAGCGCUCCACCACAUCAAACAUACAGUCUUUCCCCACAACACCCACACAAACACAGGCACGCACAUUCCCUCUCCAUUCUCUCUCUCUCAUACACUCCCUCCUGCCUAGAGAUCUGAAGAUGUGACUGAGGCUGGUUUGUAAUCACAUGAAAGACGAGUAUAAUGCCGAAGCUCCCUCCAUCUUUUUCACUGCUGGAGCGGGGAUGCUGAAGGAGAGGACAAGGGCCAGGAUGGUGACGUGUGACUGAGAGAUCUGUGCUGACGGAGAUUCUGCCUUUAUAAGGACCGGGACUGACGCUGUACUUUUGGGAGUCUGGGAUGACCACAGAGAGUGGACGGGUGAAGACAGGGCUGAGAGGACAUCACAGGGAGCUUCAUCUGUGACUGGGACAAAAGCAGAUAUUCAAUGGCAGAGGCUGGGCACACUGUGUCAAUCCCAUCAGGGGACACAAUCCCCUCAGACCCUAUUGUCACAGUUGAGUGCGGUUCAGCAGAGGUGAAGCCUGAAGAUGCACCCCUGAAGAGCCCCAAUGAAGCAUCAUACUCCUCAAAAGACCUCAAGGAUGGCAGCCAGGUUGAUCAACACGAUGCAAGGGGUCACGGUAUUGCUGAGACCCACAUGUCUGACGAUGUGUGUUUACAGUCACUGAGCGAUCAGAAUAAACAUACAUGUAGCUGUUCACUGACAGUGCACGGGGAACAUGUCUUAUCUCCUCACAAGGACCUAAAAGAGCACAGUCUGUUAUCAAUACAGAAAAGCCACUCAGACAGCUUGCAGAUUUUUAAAGAGGCUGACGCUUCUCCUCUCUACUGUGAAACGGAUGCGUCUUUUUGCCAAGGACGAGACCAGGAUGUUUGUAUGCAGUCAUUUCCUUCUUUAGUGUGUAAACAGGCCAUGCCGCUUCAGCAGAGCAAUACUAUGACCACGUCCACCAGAGCAGGAAGCAGUGGAUCGGCCAGCCCAACUCAACCAGCCAAACAUGGCUUCAUUCAGAUCUGUGAAGUCACUCCAGCGUCCACCUGCCCCAAAUUCAAAGAAGCUGGUUGUUGUAACACACACUUCCCCAACGGAGCUGUCGAGGACACUUUUGCGGCAUAUUGCCACCCGCAACCAAUUCCUGCUCCGGCGCAGCUGCUUCCGCACUUAGUAGGAAUGGAGGAGAGCUACAAGGGCCAAGUAUCAGCAGGCAACCUGCUCGCUCUCCCUCGGCUCAUAUCUUCCGUCAGUGAGACCGGAUUGGACGGUAAGCGACUCCUUCGCUGCUGCAAUCUGGACUGCUCUUGGCCUGGUCCGUUCCAUCCAGUUGGUGCCCAACAGUGGGUGGAUGAAAAGACCAAGAGGGAAGUGGGGACCAUGACCGCAGAAAAAGAACUGAGAGAUGUAGGAGUGCAAGUGGGUCGGGACUCUGAGGAGCAUCCCCAGCACGUGUUCCCAGAAGUGUGCCUGGUGGAAGAGAAGACAAAUGCGAGUGGCAAAGUGGCGUCAAAGAGUCAAAAGUCUCCUGUGAAGGAGGUGAAAUGGGAUGCGGAGGGCAUGACCUGGGAGGUGUACGGAGCCUCAGUUGAUCCUGAGGAACUUGGACUUGCGAUUCAGAAACAUCUGGAGGUACAAAUCAAAGAGACUAAGGGAAUAGCGGCGAAACUCUCACGCCAGAACACGAUAACAUCCCAACACAGCUCGGGAUCAACCCAUAGGAGAAAAAAGGGCUUAUUUGGGUUGCUGCGCCGCCCGGGCUGCUGUUCUCGCACCACAGGUGCAGUGGACUAAAGGACCUACAUGAAUGAGACCCCAAAUAGACAUUUUAAAUACUCUUGGGUAUAAAUUUGAAAUCCAAGUAAAGAUUAAAAAUAGGGAUUUUUUUUUUCAAAAGUACUUGUCUUUGUAUAACAGAACUGGAUAAUACAUUUCAGAAAAAUCAUGACUUCCUUUCAUUUUUAACACCUCACUUAAAUGCUGUAGUAGUUUCCUCAGUGGGUUUAGAACUCUUUUAUAAUUUAUAGAAAGAUUGUGGGUUAUUUUAUAAUAGUCAACUGACCUUUGGUUUUUGUUUUCCAUCAGCAAAUCAUAAUGAUUAUGACUAAGUUCCUGUCUUGCAUUAGUCCAUGUGGAAACGUCCAUUGAAUGAAAAACUUUUAUUGUUUAAUUCUGUGGAAGCACUGUGAUGGAGGUUUAGAGAAUACUGUAACUGUGGCGCUGACUGUGGGUCGAAACAUGACAGUAAGACAGACGGUAUCACACAUAUGUGUAAAUACUUUUACAAAUAAAACACUAUUUACAAUACAAUACCAUUCAAAAGUUUGGGGUCUGGCAGGUUUUUUCUUUUUUUAAUCUAAAUACAAUACAACAGUAUUAUUCUGAAUGAUUCUUCAGAAAUCAUUUUAUGCGUUGGUUUGGUGCUCUAGAAAUAUUUCUUAUUAAUAUCAAUGUUAAAAAAAUGGUUGUGUUGCUUAAUAUUUGUCAGAAUUCUUUCAUGAAUAGAAAAAAACAGCAUUUAUUUGAAAUCUUUGUAACAUUAUAAAGGUCUUUACUGUCAUUUUGAUACAUUUUAUGCAACCCUGCUGAUUAAAAGCAUUCAUUUCUUUUAUGACCCCGAACUUUUAAACAGUAGUGUAAAUUAAUAUUGAAUAAUAAUAUUAAUAAUAUGCAGUAAGAUAAUAGAUGUAGCAGGUGAUUAAUUAUUUUAGUCCUUACUUGUCAGUACAUUACCAAAUAUAUAUAUUUCUUAAUAAUAAAAAUUUCUAUCAAUUUCACAUUUACUGAGAAAAUUAGCACUGGAUUUUCUACAGCAUGACAUAACUGGUUUUUGGAAAGGAACAAAGAAAAGGAGUUAUAAUGUAUACAUAAUUUUGACACUUGGGAGUAGAAUAUGAUUUGCUAGUUAUUUAUCAAAGUAAAUUAAAUGUCUCACCAGCAGCAUUGUUUUUCUCUUUGUCUUCUACUGUAACAAUAAAUGCAAUAUAGCAGUUAAUUGAA